AUGAAUAAUAUGUAUGUUAUUCCAUUACUUUAUCGUAUACCAUCAAUGAAUGAUCAUGUAUCAAUUACUCGAUUACAUCAUGCAUUUCAGAGUGUUAUCACUAAACAUAAUAUUCUUCGAACAGCACUCUCUCUUGAUACAAAUACUCAUAUUAUACAACAUUGUUUAGAUGCAAAGAUUGCUCUAAAUGAUGAAAUCAAAUCAAAUAGAUUCACAAUCGUUAAUAUUCGUAACGAUGAUCAUCGUCAUAUGAGUGAAACUAUUGCAGAAAUAUUAAAUCAAGCUGAUUUAUUUGAUUUAUCAACAGGACGUGCUAUUCGUUGCCAUAUUCUUCGUCAUUAUCAUCAAUCUCAAGAUAAUAUCUCAUGUGAGAAUGAUGACCUAUUGGCUGAAAAUGAUCACAUAUUAAUUAGUAUUCAUCAUGCAAUGUUUGAUGGAGCAUCAACAUCAAUCUUCACUCGUGACCUUUCUCUUGCUUAUCAAUCUGAUGAUUCACAAGUUCGAUUAUCAACGGAUGAUAACUCAUUGAAUUAUAUAGAUUAUUCUGUUCAUGAACAUAUCAUGGAUAUGUCAUUAUCUCAACAAUUUUGGCAACUAGAACUGGAAGAAUCUGAUCUUAAACGUCCACUAUCAUUACCAGUUGAUCGACAACGUUCAUCAACCAAUCAAGAACGAUCAGGUUUAGCAUCCAUACAUGAAAUCAUUUUCGAUAAUGAACUAUGCACAUCAUUUCUCAACUAUGCAUCAUCACAUCAUCUCACACUCUUUCAACUUGGAUUAUCCAUAUUCUAUGUCUUCCUAUUCAAAUUAACUCAUGGUGAGACUGAUCUAUGUAUUUCUUCUAUUAAUGCAAAUCGAUAUCGAAAUGAAUUAGUGAAUAUGAUAGGAAUGUUUGUUUCAACAUUACCAUAUCGUUUAGAAAUUGAUCCGCAUUGGUCAUUUGAUGAAGUAGUUGAGUAUGUACGAGAAAAAUGCUUAUCAAUUCUUGAACAUUCUCAUUAUCCACUUCAACAUAUUCUUGAUGACAAUCGGUCAAUUCAAUCAAAUGUGUCAUUUCUUGAGAUAAUAUUUGAUUUUAUCAGUGUGUCAAAAGAUGUCGAACAUUUAAAUUUGAGUGAUGCAAAUUUAGAACAAAUAUCAUUAGAACAAUCAACUGAAAUGUCAAAAUUUGACUUUUCAUUAAUAUUUGAAUACAAUCCAUCAUCAGAUAAUAAUCAGAUGUCUUGUUUUUUCGUUUGUUCACAUGAUUUGUUUGAAAAAUCAACUAUUUCGAAAAUAGGUCAAAGAUUUGAAUAUAUGCUUUCGAACGUAUUUCAAACACAACCAAGCAACUUUCCUGUGAUGAAUGCGAGUUCAUCGAUUAACAAACUGUCUGUUAUUCUUCCUGAAGAAGCUAAAGAAAUGGAAUUAGUAGUGUUUCACCGGUUGGACAAUAUUGUGAAUGAAGGUAUGAUUAUCGGUUUUCUCUUUAAUUGUAGACAAAAACCAUAA